CUUAUUCAGUAUUCAGUAGAGUUUCGAUCGCGUAGGAGCUCUCAAGCCAUAUAAAUGCGCAGCUGUUUGUUAACGUGACAGGCAAGCGGUUAAAUGGCUCUCAGUAAAUAAAAAUAAAUAAAAAAAAAACAAUUAGUCAAAGUAAUUUCGAAAAAUAUAUUGUCAAUUUAACACUUGACAAAGUUAACAAAAAGUAUUUACAGUGCUUUAAUAAACAGCAACCGAUUACAAUGAGAAUAGUUUUAAACAAAAAAGUAUUAAUAUGGGCUGUGAUAGCUGCAUUGGUGGUAAUAGCCAUCACCCUUGGAUUAGUAUUUGGCUUGAAGAGCGAGUCACGCAUCACUGCCGCCGUGGUAUCCAAUGGAAUCGGUUGUGCCGAUAUAGGCAGUCAAAUGUUGGAUGACGGCGGCUCAGCGGUGGAUGCUGCCAUUGCCACACUGCUUUGUGAAGGUGUCCUUCUACCACAAAGUAUGGGACUUGGCGGAGGCUUUUUUGCAACCAUUUAUACCAAAUCUACGCGUAAAGUUGAGACUUUGGUAGCACGUGAAACGGCACCGGCCGCAGCGCACAAGAACAUGUUUGUGGGUGAAUCAAAUGUUUCAGGCGCCCGAUCCGGAGCUGUACCUGGAGAAAUACUUGGUUAUUGGGAAAUGCAUCAAAAAUAUGGACGCCUUCCUUGGAAAUAUCUCUUUCAGCCAACCAUAAAAUUAUGCAAAGAAGGCCAUUGGGUUUCUAAAUAUCUUGCUGCGGCGCUCAAAUCCAAAGAGGAAGCAGUCCGUAGCGAGCCAACAAUGGCAGAGAUAUUUGUGAAAGAAGAUGGUACAAUCUAUGUUGAAGGUGACUACCUGAAACGUCCCCAAUUGGCGAUUACACUAGAAAAAAUUGCGGAAAAUGGCGCUGGAGAGUUGUAUGAUGGCGGAGAAAUCGGCAAAAUGUUUGUAGAAGAUAUUAAAGACUUGGGUGGGAUUAUUACUGAAGAAGAUUUGAAAAAUUACACGGUUCGCUGGGAGAACAAUAGUCACAUUGCAGCGAAUAUAACUGGUGGCUACACGCUCUACACAACUCCUCUACCAUCCAGUGGAGCUGUACUGGCCUUUAUGUUUAACGUUUUGACCGAUCUAUAUACCAACAGCACGGAGACAUACUGGCAACGGGUAAUUGAAACAUUCAAGCACGCCUAUGGGCAACGCACUAACCUCGGCGAUAUGGAAAUGGAGCCUGAUCUCAAAGAGUCUAUAGCAGCAACUUUAAACAACUUAAUAAGCCAAGAAUUUGCUGAUCGCGUGCGCACAUUAAUCUAUGACAAUAGGACUUUUAGUAAUUAUGAUUACUAUGGAGCCAACUUCACAACUGUUGAGGAUCACGGAACAGCCAACAUGGCGGUAUUGGCAGCGAAUGGUGAUGCUGUGACUGUUACCAGUACAAUAAACAAUUAUUUUGGUUCUAAAGUUCGAUCACGGCGCACUGGUAUUAUUCUCAACGACGAAAUGGACGACUUUUCGACUCCAGGUAUUGUGAAUGGCUUCGGCAUACCCGCCUCACCGGCUAAUUACAUACAACCCGGAAAAAGACCCAUGUCGUCCAUGUGCCCCACCAUCGUAAUCGAUCAUGAUGGCAACGUGAAAAUGCUUGUGGGCGCUGCUGGCGGUAGCAAGAUCACCACAGCGGUUGCAGUGGCGAUCAUCAAAUACCUUGUUCUCAAUGAGUCUCUAAGUGAAUCUAUUAACGGUGGAAGGCUACACCAUCAGUUGGCUCCAAUGCAAGUAGACUUUGAAUCCGCAGUCUCAACAUCAAUACGAGAGUAUCUCAGUAAAGUGGGUCAUAUACUAAAUGAGUUAGAGGAAGGUACUGGAUUUGCCGCUGUCACUGCAAUCGGUAUGCGCGACGGUGUUCCAGAGCCAUUUUUUGAUCGACGACGUGUAGGAAGUGUUUCUACAUUAACUCUUCGAAAUAAAAUGAUUCAUUAAUUUAAUGACCUACUUAUACUUACAUAUAUACAUUAAAUUUUAGAGUAUAGAGCAUAGAGAAGAGUCACGAGACUUUGCUAUUAUUCUGUAAGAAUUCUUCCAAACUCAUUAAGGUUGCUAUCGUAACUUAAGUAUUUAUUUGUGAUAAUAGAUUUGGCGAUGCAGAAUAACGAUUAUUUGAAACGCAUGUAAGCUAGAACUCAAGGAAAUGUCACAAGUGAGCAAACCUUUAAUAAUUGAAUUAUGCCAGUAGGUUUUUAAAAGUAAGAAAAACUAGUUUGACAUAUAUUUACAUCCUUGGCAGGUGCCUAGGUCGUAUCUCCCCUGCAUUUUUUGCGGUAAUUAUUGAUUUUUUCUAGAUUUUGGUGAUUUCGCUAAUUACUGUACAUAUUGUUUUUAUAGGUUUAAUAGGUUUAAGACAUUGUUUUUAAUAAAACUCGAAAUGAAAAAAAAGAAAAUGAAAUACCCAAUAUUUAAGUAUUUUCGAUAAAUCAUUUCAGGCUUGCAACUUUCGUUGAGCUUGAUUUUAACUACGAGUAAAACCGAAUUUAUUUACCAAAUUUUAUUAUAAAAAUUUGCACAAUGCGCACAUUGAAAGAAAAAAUAUAUGGCCCCUUCUAUUUAUUUGUUCAAGAAAUUUUUAUCGCUUAAUCUGUACAUAUAUGUAUUUAUGUAGAUUAGGGUGUCUAACUCUCCACAAAAAAAAAAAAACUAGGGUCUGUCAGACUCACGCACGGUAGAAGUGAAACUUCUAAGUUGGUUGUUCCAUGCAUGGGAGCCCCGGUUUAGAUCUCUAUCCCCUCUCUCGUGUUAAAUUCAAGUUUUCAUAUUUUUUUUUCUAUAUCACUCAACAUAAAUUUGUGCUAUUUAUUUUUGUCCUUAUUAGCUUCAAAUUUGAUACUUGGGUGCAGUGUUUCACUUGACGCUAACAUUUCUUUGCACUUCCAAUGGUAGUUUUUGCUUACUUUUGGCGCGUUAAUCAAUUUGCUUUGAUCACCGAAACGGUUUAAAUGUCAUUUUACAACCUUCUACUUCAACUAUCGUCACUCGUUUGGCAAACGCACUCAUUGUAUCGCUUCGUCUCCUCCAUACCUACCAUCUAUUUACUUCACAGCAGUUUCUUAUUGCUUUCCCGCUUACACACAUUCAAUCGGCGCUUUAUCUGAUACUCACACACAGCACUCAUUUGCACGGGCUAUGGCUAUCUAUAAUACCCGUUGUCGGUUGUCGAUUGUCGGUUGCCUGCAUGUCGCCAGUCUACUUCAAUGCUUACUUGUGUGCUAUAUACAUUUCAGUUCAUAUUAUUUCGAAAUUAUUCGCUACAGGGUGUGCUAGAGACGUUUGCAUUUUUGCACUGGUUUAUCUUCUAGAAGAAGAAGAAGGCCAGACGAAGUAUUUCGUUGUGUAACUAAGUAUUCUUCGAUAGAAAUUUGUUCAAAUACCAGUGUCAAACUAAUUUUUAAAGCGAAAAUCCUCUAUUAUAGUCUCCACACGCUAUUUACUUGUAUAUAAAAGAGAUAAUUGCGGAACAUAACAUGCAUAUACAAAUUAAUGUACGCUCAGUUUGACCCUGUGUACUCUGUUUUUUAUUAUACAUUGAUAAAAUAUAGUUAUAAUUACAAUGGAAUCAUAGGCACCGUUCAGCGCUUGCGAUGCGAGAGAGCGACAGAGAGAGCGAAUAGGCGAGAGUGGGAAGGAGCAGCUGCUCCUUGGCCCCGCCCAUUUGACGGAUUUCGGUAACGCUCCGAACUUACCGUUUCACUCGCCUAUUUUCAAUCUGCCUUGGGGCCCCCGACGCGCCUAAAGAAGUUUCACUUCAAAAAAUUGGUAUUGCUUUUCUAUCGGAAUUAUUAUAAAAUUGAUCAAAUUUCAAGACUUCUGCUAAAAUAUUUCCGCUAGCGUUUUUGGCUAGGCACCCUAGUGCAAUUAUAUGAAUAUGAACAUAAAAAUAUUUUUGGAUGACUAUCAUUCAAAAACAACUAAAAACGAUUUUUAACACCGUUGGAAAGCCUAUGGAUUGUAGAUGGCUUGUGUGUAUGAUACAAUUCAUUUUAGCAAGAUGUUGCCAUCUGUUUGCAUUAAAAAUGUUUUAUAUUAAGAAAUAGGCAUAAAUACUAAAACAUGGACAUCAGGGUAAGCAUUUUUAAAAAAAUUUAUUGAAAACAAAUUUUUUAUAGCGUUGCCACCUAAUUUUUUCUUGUAAAAAGUUAAUUAUUAUAAAUUUCACUUGAAAAUUAAAAUACAUGUUUAAAAUGUCAAAUAGUAAAAACAAAAUUCUUCCAACAAAUUUUUUUUUGAUACUGAUGUUACCUGAAUUUUUUAGAAAAAUAUCCAUUUAGCAUAAACUUAACUUCAAUAUGUACAUAGAUAUGGCAUAAAUAUUAAAACAUGGGUAUCGAGGUUAGCAUUUUUGAGAACACAGGGUGAAAAAAAGUAUAGUGUUGCCACUAUUUUUUUGCAAAUGGCAAAUAUUAAAAAAAAAAUCUUUUAAAAAAAAUUGUUUGCAUUAGUAUUUUAUUAGAAAUCUAUCCACUUAGCAUACAUUUUACUUCAAUAUGUAUAUAUGGGAAUAAAAAGUUUUUAAAUAAGCUUUAUAAAGAAAUUAUUUUUGGUUGGUGUUGCCCCUUGUUUUUUGUUUUGGAAAUUGAGCAACUUAUUACAAAAAUACAUUAAUU